AUGAAACAAGCAAGAAAGCUUUUACGUGAGAAGGAAGAGAAGGCUCUUGCUGAAAAGUUGAAGAAGAUCGAGGAUGAAGAAGAUUCCUAUGUUGACAAUAGGAGAAAUAAUUCCUCUUUUAACGCCUUUUCUUACUUGGAAGAAGAGGAAAAUGUGGAUGAAAUGUACGGAGAAGAUGUUUUGGACAUGAUUGAUCAACAAGAAAAAUCAUCACAAAAUGAUGAAGAAGAAAUUACAUCAUACGUCAACACAGCAAAGCCAAAUAAUAAGAAGAACAAGAAAAAGAAGAAGAAUGCCAAAAAGAAGGAAGAUACACUUACUGAUGAGGAAUUUUUACAACAACAAAUUCAACAAAUGGGUUUGGAUGAAGGUGGAAGUGCAACUGAAGGUUCUGCUACAACUUCCUCUGCAAGCCACAAUGUUUAUGACUUAUUUGAAAUUUCCGAUGUGAAAUCUUUAAAUCCAGAAAAUGAAUUCAAGAGAAUUUUCGGAAGUGAAGCCAUUUCUCAAACCAAUGCCGCUGUGAGUGCUAACUAUGAAGAAAGUUUACCACGUGUACUCAGAAACAAUCCACACUAUGUCGGAAAGAGAUCUGUAGUUAUUGGUAAAAAGAAGAAUGAAACCAUCUUGAAUUUAUUCGUCUCGGCCAAACCACAUUGGCCUCAUUAUAGAACUCUCUACAUGACCACUCAACUCAAAAGCACCAAACCAAAUAAUGUCGAAGUUUAUGAAGUUGUUGAACAAAAAACUGUAACAGGAGGCACAACAGGUCUAUAUGCUCAAAUUCAAGAGCAAUACGAAAGAGCUCUACAAAGUGGAGAUCCAAACAGCUUUAUCUAUAUUUUACAACAAGUCCAUCCAUAUCACGUUCACACCUUGUUGCAAAUGAGUGAAGUUUUCAGAACCAUGCAAGGAGAAAACGAUCAAGCCCAAGAUCUCAAUGAAAGAGCCCUCUUUGCCAUUCAACAUAUUUUGAACAAUCAACAAUUUGUAAAUGGAUUGGUGAAGGGUACAUCUAGAUUGGACUCGAGUCAAGAAAUGUCCAAAGCAAUCUACUUGUCCAUUCUGAGUAGAUUGCAUGCUCUUGCUAGAAGUGGUGCCCACAACACUGCUUUUGAUUUAUCCAGAGUACUUCUUUCUCUUUCAUGUGACUCUAGUAAUCCUUCUCUCAAUAUUGCUGAUCCAACCCACGUUCUCCUAUUUAUUGACUAUUAUGCCAUUAGAAUUCGUAAAUUUAGAUUUGUCUAUCACGACCUUGUUGAGAACUUUAUUUUGAAACACCAAGAAGAAUUACAAUACCUACCAAACUUGAUGUAUAACAGAGCUUUGAGUUUGUGGCAAGAUAAUCACCUCUCUGAAGCUAAUGAUAUACUCCAGAGAGCUCUUAAAAUAUGGCCAAUGGUUGUUGUUGGCUUAUUGACAGAAACCAAGACAUCAAGAUUUAGUGAAUUCGAAUCCAGAAUGAGAAAUACCUUCUUUACCAACAAGAUUUGUUCCUCCCCAAUAUUUUCUAAACUCAUUUCUGCAUACGUACGAAGGAAUGUUGAAUUUUGGAAGAAUGAUGAUGUGUUGGAUUGGCUCAAGUAUAAUAUUGAGGAAAUUUUGGACAAUGGUGGUUCAAGCGAUGAUGAUCUUCGUCAAAGCUGUUAUUCACAUCCAGUAUUCUCCACCAAUUAUAGUGUUAUUUAUGAAAAGGAGGUUUUGGGAGAAGUCUUACCAGAUCUCAACCAAAACAACAACCAACCAACAAGAAGUAAUGCUGGAAGAAACCCAUUCCUCUACUUUUUAGAAUCACUCAUGCCAUGGAGUGGAGGUGGUGUUAAUUUAAAUCAAUUCUUCGGUGCAGGCAAUGAUGACGAAGAAGAUGAUAUCGAAUAA